CCUCAAAUCAUCGUCCAAACCCAGCUCAUUGAAUUUAUCAAUAAACGACAGUUAUUAUAAAGGACUAACUUGGCCGCACAUGGCCAGCGGCAGUGCCAAGCGGCAGUCCACGAUGCCAGCCAAGAGAAUUCCAGCAACAGCGCAACCAGUUGCCGCAGCCAGUAGCAACAACAGCAAUGCAGCGGCAACUCCCGUUGCAGCGCCCCUGAGCAACAUGUCAAACGGAAUGUCACGUCUAACGCCAGCGAGAGACUUGACCCUGGGCGGCCGCGGUGCCAGUGCGGCUGCUAAGAAAGUCUUUGCGCCCAAUUUAAAUGCAGUGCGCAACAAAAAUAUCAAUGUCAAGACGUCGAAGGACUUUACGCAGCCACGUGGUGCUCGUCGCGGAGCACGCGGUGCUGGUGGAGCAACACGAGGACGUGGAGCUGGCAAUGGCAACUCCACGCUCAUACAAACGACCGGCGUUUUCUCAGAGGGCGCUGGUGCCGUGCAUUUGCGCAAAUCCUCAAGCGGUGGCUCGGCCUAUGCACGCGCCGGCGAUGAAGUAACUAUAUCCCGAAAACGCAAGGAUGACAAGUCGCAGGAACAGCGAGUGCGGGAGCUGAUAGGCAGCGAUGACAGCGAUGAUGGCGAUUCUGCCAGUGAUGAAAGUGAGCUUGAUAAGACUGAACUGAACUUCAAACCGGUGAUGCUAACUGAAGGACUGUGGCACACCCAAAAAGUCAACAUAAAACAGGAAACAGUGAGCAUACCGAAACCAAAACCGGACGAAGAAGACUCGCUAGCUGUAGCCCAGCAUUUGCAGACCCUGCAUGUUGGUGUCCAGGCUAGCAUGGAGGAGCCACCCGCACAAUACGGUCGUUAUCCGCGCAGUAUUGGCGCCUUUCUCGAUGCGCCACAAUCCCAGCUGUUUGUCAUGCAGCUUCCCAACGUUCUGCCCUGUGUGGCAGACGAAGCCGAAGAUGCGCCUGUAGCCACUGAGCAGCCAGCGUCUAGUGCCUCGGCAGAGCAACCCAACAGUCCAACAUCUACAACCGCGGCAACCGGUACGCCCAAGCCCAGUCUAUUGGCACAGUUGGAGGAAGGUCAAAUUGGCAAGAUAUUAAGAUAUCGUUCGGGCCGCGUUAAAUUGCUGCUGGGCGACACACACUUCGACUUGGAUAUGGGCCUGGACUCGGGAUUCUUACAGGAGCUCAUGUCCAUCAGCAGCAAUCGGGAACAGCGCAGCGGAAACAUGAUCAAUCUGGGUCCAAUCCAGGCCAAGCUAAAGGCAACUCCCGACUGGGUGCAUCUCUUUCAGCAGCAAGAGACAGCCGCCAGGCAACCAACAUCCGCGACAACUAGCAUACCAACAGCAGCAGGCUCUGCCGCCACGUAGCACUCACUAGA